AUGCAUCACAUCUGUUGGAUCUGCGGCUGGUACCUGGACGGAUCCGCGUUUCCGGAAGCCCUGGAGAAGGGAAAGUCAAGAGGAUGGAGCUGGAACCCCUUCAGGACGAGAAAGAUGUUCUUCCGUUCGUUCCAUGAACAGUGGACAUCGCAUGCGAGAGCAUUCGUUGCUGGUACGCGGCCGUCGACGCACCGAUACCCCCUCACAUGGUUGCAUUUGUUUCGGGCAAUUAUAUACAGCCGAGACGACAACCAGCUGUACAAGCGCGGCUACCAUCUCUCGGGCGUGGGAUAUUACCCCGGCGCUGUGAACGACCGCAUGAUGUACGUCCCGAGAGAUCCAGAGGCAACGUUGCUGGGCGCGUUGUGGCACGAUAAAGCCACCGUCGCCGCCAUGACGCCCGAUCCGAUCACCGAGUUCGGAGCGUCGGAGUCCUGCAGGUUGCAGUGCGUUCUGGUCCAUUCGCGAUGUUGGGACUUCGUGCAGCGUCAGACGGGCCCCGCCGGGGGACUGGAUCUGGAGCUUCUCGUCAAGGGCCUCAUGGUCCUGCGGCCACAGUGGAAUUCUUCGGCAAAGCCAAAGCCAGCAGACCCGAAGAUGUUCCCGGACCACCGCCCUGAUGAGAAAGGCAACCUCCGCGGUAUUCUCGAAGCAGACCCCGUAUACAACGACAACGUGCGUUGUGCGCUCCUGGCCAGUAUCCGGUUCUCUACUGUUUGCAGAAGACGUUUCCCGCUGCGGCACAUCUUCAGGGAGCGGUUCGGCGUUCCGAUCGAGAUUAUAUACGAGAUCUGCGACUUCCUCGAGUUAGCUGAUAUACACCACCUGCUUCUCGCUUUUGAGGAACGGCUCCCGGUCACGUACUGGGAGAAGUAUGUUCCGUUUCAUCUCAUUUUCGAAACGGAGGGCCUGGAGAUGGAUGCCGACAGCAUAAUGGGUUUUGCGGUGAAGUAUCAUGGCCGUUGGAUGGAACGAGAGCGGAUAAGCAUAUUGAACAGACGCAGGAGGUCGUUGAUCUGGUCGUAUCUGGAGCGCAGGAUGGCUUUGGCGGCGAGCGAGGCGAGCAGGGCAGGAUGAGGCUGUUGUUUCUUCCCUCAAAUUGUCUUUCUUUCUGCUAGGAGUUUGG